CAUCAAUUUUGGGGUUCCCGGAUGAUGUCAUCCAUAUAAUCAAAUCAACAUGGCCAUAUGUACGAAAAAGAAAAUACCAUUGGUAUGAGAGUCUACGUCUAACAUUAUACCACAUUCUACACAUUCUCCCCUGUACGCUUUACCCCAAUUUAGGGGUGUUGUGCAGUACCCAAACAAGAAGAACAACAUACAUGGCACUAGUUUUGCUGGGUUUAACUUAUUCUUUUGAGGCAAUGGAAGACCAAUUUACCCAAUUCUUCUACGAUACGGGUUCUAUGAUUUUAGUACUAGUAGUGAAACUGUUUUCUCGUGGUAGGGGAUAGGAGGGAAAUCCUUUCAGUCUAUUUUCCCAUGAAAAAGUCACAAAAAGCGAGAAAACUUGAAUAUCAACAUGUCUGGAACAACAUUUAACACCUGUACUUUGAAGCGUUGUUUUUUUCCGACACUUAUAAAGGCUGGCAUUUUGUGAACUUUCGGCAAAUACUUUGAUUGGAGAUUUUCCCAUGAAAAAGUCACAAAAGGCGAGAAAACUUGAAUAUCAAAAUGUCUGGAACAACAUUUAACACCUGUACUUUGAAGCGUUGUUUUUUUCCGACACUUAUAAAGGCUGGCAUUUUGUGAACUUUCGGCAAAUACUUUGAUUGGAGAUUUUCCCAUGAAAAAGUCACAAAAGGCGAGAAAACUUGAAUAUCAAAAUGUCUGGAACAACAUUUAACACCUGUACUUUGAUGCGUUGUAUGUUUCCGACACUUAUAAAGGAAAUAGUAUGUGUAUUGCCAUUUCCAAUGUUCGCAAACCUGUCAAGUAAUACAUUAUUCAUAACUCACCCGUAGUCUAUGAAUGCGCCUAUACAAACAAAUAGUAGUAGUAUUGUCUACGUACGUGUCAAUUGCAUCGCCAGAUGGCAGCGUUUUCACCGACCUCCGUCAUCAAUAACCGGUUUAUCUUGUUUUGUGUAACCAAUGAGAACAGUUUUUUUGUUUGCUUGGUCUAUUUAACCAGUUUGCAGAGUUAAGAUACUAGUAAUCACUUUUACAUCUCGACGAAAGGCAGUCUUGUUUUCAGCCAUGCCAAAAAGAGUAAAGAUUCCACGUGAGAUUAUCGUUUGGUGCCCAAGCGACGGCAAGUAUACUUCAGGGCCCACAAGGAGGCUGCUUCAUCCGGACUUUUACGACAAGGCUGGUGAAAAUGGCGCAGAGGUUAAGAUCUUGUACGAAGGGGAACAAUUUGACGCGAACGUCGUAUUCUCCCAUGAUAAUCACAACGAGAUACUGCGUAUCUUGAACGCUGACCAUGAAGACCUUGCUGACGGUGAAGUGUGGGUUCCACCAACCCGGCGCCAGCCGCUAGCUCCAGCGAAGGAAAACAACAAGACUCAGAAACGAAAAAUGGACAAGGAAAGUGGUGGAGUUGCUAAGAAGAAGCGCGGGAAGGAAAAUAGGAGAGAGAAGAACCACAAUGAAAAUGAACAGACACGAGGAAAAGGGACGGCGAAAAAGAAAGGGACAACAAAAAAGGGAGCCACAGUAUUGGCUGCUGCAACGCCAAAACAAAGGGACCAGCCAGAGGAACAGCCCGACACAGAGAGGGAACGUGCGGCCCCUACCCCCGAGGUUCAGCCCGACACAGAGAGGGAACGUGCGACCCCUACCCCCGAGGUUCAGCCCGACACAGAGAGGGAACGUGCGACCCCUACCCCCGAGGUUCAGCCCGACACAGAGAGGGAACGUGCGACCCCUAGCCCCGAGGUGCAGAGAGAAAUGGCAGCUGAACAUCUGACAGAAGAUGUUAACUUAGGGGAGGCUGACACUAGCUUGUUUGGAAUAGGUAGAUUGAUAAGCGAGACUAUGGAGACAACAUUAUCCUUCCGGUCACUCCUGUCACUAGAUACAACAGAGACUGCCCCUGAAAGUUCGACAUCCUUCCAGACACCAGCAUUCCAGUCCACACCAUCCUCAUCACUGCAGACAUCUUCAAGAUCACGAACACCAUCGCCUCUACCACCAAGGUCACCAUUAUCAUCACCCCAGCGAUCUCCUCCAACAUCAUCACCCAGUCAAUCACCAUCACACCGUUCAGCGCCAAUGUCCAUGGAGGAAAGGAUUUCAAAAAAUGAAAGAGACAUUCAAGAAAUUUUGAGAAUACUGAAAAAUCUGCAGAAUGGUGCUGCCACACCUAUUACACACACACCUGCCCGCCCACGCACCGCUCCAAAGAGGAGAGUUCAGACCACUGACCAUCGGAGGUAUAUGUUAUCAAACGAGGAACUGGAACAUUCGUACCUAGAUGCCGGGCGAACAAAUACCCCCCUGUUUGCAUUGCACUGCGCCCGGCAAAUGUUUACAGAGGGGGAGUUCCUCCGGUGCAAUGUAAAUGGUACUAUGGGCAGACAGAAACUGGACGAAGUGAGAAUGGACAAGAUCAAAGAGUACACAGCAAAGUACUUCAACCUCAACACAAGCCACAAGCUGAAGAUGGCCUGGAAAGCAUGCUGUGACAGCAUUAACACGUGGGCCAGAACAGUGCGGGCACAGCAUGGCCGCAUUGGGUAGAAACUGUCAAUCCAACAUCUUAACCCUUGUCCUGCUGGCAUUUUUUACACAAUAUUUUUCAGUAAUUUGAUGUCUUAAUCAGGUCAUAGACCCCUGACAUUUUUUUG